AGUUGUUCUCUGCGAGUAGUUGAAAUUCCGUCGAUAAAUUCCAAAGUUUUGCUUGAGAAGCAUCUGAGAAAAUCGUUUGUUAAUCACAAAAACGCAGUGCAUUUCAACUGAGGUCAAGGUCGGACUGAUUGAUUAAUGUGAAUUGUGGACGCAUCUUUGUACUCAUACUAAGCGUGUUGUUGCAACAGAACUGUUCUAAUUGUGUACAGCAGAAAAUUGAAAUCAUGGUCCAAUUAGCAUCCGCCCAGGCACUAACAAAAACCGCAGCAUUUCUCCAGCUCAUGACCAAUCUGUGGGUUCAAACACCAGACUACACCAAACAAAUCCAACGACGCAACGACUGGAAUACACAUUAUGACUACAUAAUUGUGGGUGGCGGUUCAGCUGGUUCGGUUCUGGCGAACCGGUUGAGUGAAGACGAAUCGGUCACCGUUCUGCUGUUAGAAGCCGGUGGCGUUGAGAAUGAAUGGACGAAAAUUCCAUGGAUGGCUGGAUCUUUGCAGAAAACCGAGAUGGAUUGGUCAUUCGCAACAGAACCGCAAACGAAUGCGUGUCUAGGACUCGUUGGUCAACGGUCACAAUGGCCACUUGGUCGAGUUCUGGGCGGAUCGUCAGUGAUCAAUUAUAUGGUUUAUACGCGCGGUAGUCCAAAGGAUUUUGACAACUGGGAACGGAUGGGGGCGAAAGGUUGGUCGUACGAGGAAGUGUUACCUUAUUUCAAGAAAUCGGAAGAUAUGGAAAAUGAAAGGUUAGCGAAAAAUGGCUAUCAUGGCAGUGGUGGAUACUUGAAAGUUUCGACGAAUACUUUUAAGACGCCAGCAAUCCAAGCGUUUCUUGACGCUGGCGAAGAAUUGGGCUAUGAAACAGGAGUUGACUACAAUGGACGUUCCCAGAGCGGAUUUGCAGUCUCGCAGGGUACGAUUAGCAAUGGUGAAAGAUGUUCGGUAGCAUCGUCCUUCAUUGCUGCCGCAGUAGACAGACCGAAUUUACACAUUCUCACGCGAAGCUUCGCCACCAAAAUUCAAUUCAACGAACAGAAAAGAGCCGUGGGAGUAGAAUUUCAUCGAAAUUUCCAGUCACAUGUGGUGAAAGCAAACAAUGAGGUCAUCGUGUCUGCUGGCGCUAUCAAUUCGCCUAAACUUCUAAUGCUAUCUGGUGUCGGUCCUAAAGACGAUUUGGAAAAGUUGGGAAUAUCAGUAAUUGCCGAUUUGGUAGUGGGACACAAUUUGCAGGAUCACAUUUCUCCCGGUGGUGUUCAUUUUACAAUGAAACCAGGUUCUGGUAUCUUAGCUUCUCGCCAACUGGCCGACUAUGAACAAGCAUUCAACAGUUACAGUAACAAUCGCGAAGGGAUUCUCACAUUGUCACCAUCGGAAGGAGUCGCAUUUAUUAACACCAAAUACAACAACGACUCCAGUUGGCCAGACAUUCACGUUCACUUCCAAGCAAUCAGUCCCGCAGACGACCCAGAGAAUUCACGGAAAAAAGCCGGUCUAUCGCAAGAAUUGUGGGAACAGGUAUACGCUCCGUACAUUGGAAGAGACACCUUUACCAUUGGUCCCGUCGUGCUGCGACUGAAGAGUGCUGGAUACACGAAACUACGAUCGACCGACCCGUACGACGAUCCGAUCAUCGAUCCAAAGUACUUCUCCCAUCCAGACGACAUCAAAACGGCAGUGGAUGGAAUGAAAUUGGGCAUAGCAAUUGGAAAGACAAAGGCGUUCGCUAAGUUGGGAGCCGAAUUGUUCAGCACCACAUUUCCGGGAUGUGAAGAGUUGGAACAAUUUUCGGACGAAUAUUUGGAGUGUGUAGUCCGAAGCUAUACGGCCACUUCAUAUCAUCCGGCUGGAACGUGUAAAAUGGGCGCUGCAGACGAUGUCACAGCAGUCGUUGAUCCGCAAUUGAAAGUUAAGGGUGGCAUAAGUGGUCUUCGCGUUGUCGACGCAUCAGUAAUGCCGUUGGUAGUGUCCGGUAACACAAAUGCCCCCACCAUUAUGAUUGCAGAGAAGGCAGCAGAUAUGAUCAAAGAAGCAAGGACGAAAAAUCAAUAUGUGAAGACCGAACUGUAGAUCGAAACACUUCAUCUGAUGUUGUCGACAUUCUCUCGACGGAAAAACCACUAAGUGCGAGUUGCUUGUAGAAUUGCAAAUAAAGAAGAAAACGAUCAACUCACCGUC